AUGAAAAACAUGUUAUUUUGGCUGAUAGUUUUCGUCCCUGGAUGGGCCCUCUCUGACGGGUCUGAAACGGAAGCAGAUCUCACGUGGCACUUGAGCAGAAUACCCCAGGUUGUGACGGAGAGGACUGUCCGUCUGGCCAGCCCGGCCUUCCAGGCAGACGCUGGGACCGUGCUGGCCGCAGCGUGCGGCAUCGAAUGUCAGGAAGAGCUUCCGGCUCCCAGCCUCUCCCAGCUCGAAGACUCCCUUUCCUACGAGACGGUCUUCGAGAACGGCACCCGGACCCUAACCAGGGUGAAAGUUCAAGGUCUGGUCCAGGAGCCCUCUCAAAACAGCACCAUAGACGGAGCACGCCCUAGGAGGAGGAGGCAGGUGUACGGUACGGACAGCAGGUUCAGCAUCCUAGACAAAAGGUUCUUGACCAAUUUCCCCUUUAAUACAGCGGUGAAGCUGUCCACAGGCUGCAGCGGCGCCCUCGUCUCCCCGAACCAUGUGCUCACGGCCGCUCACUGUAUCCACGACGGGAAGGACUACGUCAAGGGCAGUAAAAAGCUUCGGGUUGGAGUGCUGAAGAUGAGAAACAAAGGAGGCCGCAAGAGACGCAGGGGCUCCAGGAAGAGCCGGAGGGAGGCGGCGGAGGGUGGUGGCCUUGGUGGUCGGGAGCAUCCUAUGGACAGCGCUACCCAAAGACGGGGAAAAGAACCCAGGCGGGGCCCGAGGGCCGCCCAGGGGAGGCCUUCCUUCCAGUGGACGCGCGUCAAGAGCACCCACAUCCCCAAAGGCUGGGCCAGAGGAGAGAGCGGGCAGCCGGCCCUGGACUACGACUACGCGCUCCUGGAGCUGAAGCGCGUGCACAAGCAGCAGCCCCUGGAGCUGGGGGUCAGCCCCGCCAUCACCAAGCUGCCCGGAGGCCGGAUCCACUUCUCGGGAUUUGACAGCGACAGGGACGAUCAGCUGGUCUAUCGCUUUUGCAGCGUUUCUGAGGAAUCCGACGACCUCCUGUACCAGUACUGCGACGCCGAGACAGGCUCCACCGGCUCUGGGAUCUACCUGAGGCUCAAGGAGCCGGGCCAAAACCACUGGAAGCGCAAGGUCGUCGCGGUCUACUCGGGCCACCGGUGGGUUGACGUGCAUGGGGUCGAGAAGGACUACAACGUGGCCGUGCGCAUCACUCCGCUCAAAUACGCCCAGAUUUGCCUCUGGAUCCACGGAAACGCAGCCAACUGCGCUUACGGCUGAGGGGAAAGUGAGGCGAGGUCCUGGGCAGACGGCAUCCCAGAGGAAGCCCCAGGCUCGCUUUGUGACACAGGCGGGGCCCGGAUUUGAACUGUCAGUGGCAGGCCAGCGUUUUGGUUUUUUGUUUUUGUUUUGUUUUUAACGGACUUCCUUUAUUGAAAUUAGGUUACCUAUAGAGAGAGGCUACAUGAAAUUAGGAUGUUUAGGGACAGAUACUGAAACUAGACGGCAUUUCAGCGACAAGUCUAUCCUCUUUACGUGGUGGCUAAAUUUCGUUUGCGGGGGAAACCGUCCGUUUACGUGGGCCUUCUUGGUAAACCAGACACUCUUUAAGACGUCCAACCAGAACCGUAACGACUCGCUUUGGAGAGUCCUACUCUGAGAAGAACCUAGGAGGAUGUAGUUACGCGUUCAACCUGAACGGAAAACACAGUGAUUUGCAGGAACACGAAGGCGUCCGGGAAGGCGAGGUUUCCUUUGUAGGGAGACGCAGCCAUUCCAUCCCCGCCCUCACUGCUUGACACGUUUUCUCUUGGUACUUGCUUUAAGAGCCACAGGUCCAAACAUAUAAAAACUACAAAUCAAACGAACCAGUAAGCUUUAUAAACAAAACUAUUAAUGGUGGCUUAAAACAACAACAACCCAACAUCAGCCGUGUCCAUCUAAAAACCGGGGAAACGCUUUGUUCUUCUGCGCAGCGAACCAAGUUACAAGAAAUUGAAAACUGAAGACACUUUCAGAGCUCAAGUUUUUAUUUAAAUCUCAGAAUAUGAAGUUUUCAAGGAAUACCGAGAAGCCAUUUCACAAGCUGCCAUGCCCGGCUGGAAGCCACACCCUUCCGUGUUAUACUUUCUACUGUGUGUGAGUUGCUGUACUUUUAAAGUGAGGGACUUUGAAGUCUUCUUCCAAAGAGAACCCACCCACCCCAUCGCUGAGAUAGCAAAAAAAGGUUCUGAUGGUUCUCAUUAGGGACCAACAUGGCAUCUUCACUCUGCCUCCUGAGGAGCAUUAAGCAGCUAGUGUGUAUCACCCUAAGGCAAAAGGCAGAGCAGGCAGUCAGGAGCAUCUCAGCCAAGAACAAGUACGCGGUGAAUGGCUCUCAACAGGGGUUAGGUCAGGGAAUAUGCUUACAAACUUGAUGAUAUAAUCAAGUACACUCUAAAAUUUAGUAAUCAAGGGCCCAAUCUUUGCUCUACUUUUUUCUGUCAAUUUCUAAGGCCACAUAUUUUUCCUUUCGUGACACACUCAAUUCACUGCCAGGGUAAAACUUUUUUUUUUC